UGAAAUGAGAGUCCUCCCUAUCAAAUAGUUAAAAUGGGAGUCACCAUUCCAAUUUCAAUUCUAAACUUUCACUCUCUCAAACCAAACAAAUUUAGAGUGUGAUCUCGGUCGUAAAUCGAUCUCCUUCUGCCUUGUUCGGUAGCGUCUCUCCAAACGGAUCCGACACCUGACGUACGUUCCACGAACGACAGUCCAAGCAAAGAAAAUUCCACGGUCAAUACUCUCCUAAAGUCCUCACUCCUACUUAUAGUUGGGCUUCCUUUGGUUUCAUUUCAGAAGCCUAUUACUUGUAUCCUUUGAAGGUGCAGUACGAGUAUGGGUGCAGGAGAAGGUGGGCGAAAUCUAGAGGAAACAUCGACGUGGGCAAUCGCGACGAUAUGCGCUGUUCUCGUAGUCAUCUCCAUUAUCAUUGAACAUGGCAUCCACCUCUCAUCCAAGUGGUUAGAAAAACAUCACAACAAGGCUCUCCGUGAAGCCUUGGAAAAGGUCAAAUCUGAACUGAUGCUGCUUGGCUUCGUAUCACUGCUCCUCACAGUUGGGCAAGGCAUCAUCACUGAGAUAUGCGUGCCCAAGAGUGUUGCCGAUUCAUGGCACCCUUGCAAGAAGGAAGUCCAUGAUGAUGGUGGCUCCAAGAGCCAUGAAUCCGGCAAAAGUCAUGCCGGCCGGAGGCUUCUGCAUGAUUCAGACUCCAUGGCCAGUUUCCGACGAGUUUUAAGCGGUGGAGUGGAGCCGGACAAAUGUGCGAGCCAUAACAAGGUUCCAUUCAUUUCUGCCGAUGGCCUCCACCAGCUCCACAUAUUUAUCUUCGUUCUAGCAGUGUUCCAUUUGCUCUACUGCAUAACCACUAUGGCCUUGGGCAGUUUAAAGAUGAGACGCUGGAAAUCAUGGGAGCUUGAGACGAGGACAGCAGAAUACCAGUUUUCGCAUGAUCCUGACAGAUUUCGAUUGGCGAGAGACACUUCAUUCGGUCACCGUCACCUGAACUUCUGGAGCAAGUCGCCCAUUCUCACCUGGAUUGUGUGUUUCUUUAGACAAUUUGUGGGAUCAGUUCAAAAAGUUGAUUAUCUGACAUUACGACAUGGCUUUAUCAUGGCACAUUUAGCUCCACAAAGCUCAAGCAAAUUUGACUUUCGAAAUUACAUAAAGAGAUCGCUGGAGGAAGACAUGAAAGCUGUGGUAGGGAUCAGCCCCCCACUAUGGUCCUUUGCAGUACUCUUCCUGCUAUUUAACACUCAUGGCUGGCACUCCUAUCAAUGGCAUCCAUUUAUCCCCUUAAUUAUUAUACUACUUGUAGGAACAAAGCUUCAGGUGAUAAUAAUAAAGAUGGCCUCACAAAUCACAGAGCGAGGAGAUGUUGUUAAGGGAGUGCCAGUUGUUCAUCCCACAGAUGAUCUCUUCUGGUUCAAAUGUCCUCGGUUUAUGCUGUACCUCAUCCACUUUGUCCUCUUCCAGAAUGCCUUUCAGCUUGCCUUUUUUGCAUGGAGCUGGUAUGAAUUUGGGUUUCCUUCAUGCUUCCACCAGCGUGUAGACGACAUCAUCAUCAGAUUUUCCAUGGGUGUCCUUAUACAGGUUCUAUGUAGCUAUGUUACACUUCCCCUCUAUGCAUUGGUGACACAGAUGGGUUCCAACAUGAGGCCUACGAUAUUCAGUGAUAGAGUUGCAACUGCCCUAAGAAAAUGGCAUCACACAGCCAGGAACCACUUGAAAGAGAAUACACAGUUUGGGCGCACAACCCCAUUGUCCACAAGUACACCUAACACCCCAACUAGUGGGUCAUCUCGGGCAAAACUGUUGCGGCACCUUCAAAAGCUAGAUAGUUUCCAAGGUUCCUCAAGUCGCUGCAGUUUUAGUAAAGAAUAUUUUAACAUUGAAAGGUCACCGUUUCCAUCCUACCACACAAUCAAUGAUUUUUCUCAACAACAAAAGAUCAGGCCACAACAAGAAGUACCCUCGCCAUCCAACCACACAAUAAAUGGCUUAUCUUCUCAACAACAAAAGAUCAGACCACAACAAGAAGUCCGAGGAGUGGAAAGAGAAAUGCAAGAGUUGGGUGGUUCUGCACAGUUGCCACCCCUAGAGGACAGCAACCAUCAACAUAGAAUUGAAAUUUCUCCUGAUAUCAUCUUUGAUAGAAGAGAGGAAUGAUCAGUUGGAUGCUCCAAACUGGUUUUCACGAUAGCGUCGCUUCCCCAGUAAGGAGGUUCUUGAAGCCCUGAGUAACUGAGUCAUUAGUAUCAGUCUCACAAGUUCGGCCAAAGGCCAGCUGAUGAGGUUAAACAGUUCUGCCAGUUUGCAGUUUUGUUUCUUUAUAAAGUUUUGUAAAUAUCCAAACUUAUCAUGAUCAUCGCAUAUCACGUUAACCAUCAAGUUGAACCACAAAUGCUAUAUUGUCAGAUAAGAAAGAAGGUAAGAAGAGAAGAAAAGGAAAUGACAGGAUCUGAUAACUGGUGUUAUUAUGAGGAAUUUCUCUGGCUUGUGGUUUGUUACAAGGUGGAAGUCCCUUGAGAAAUUAUGCAAUCCACUUAUUCACAAACCAAAGAAGCAUCCUUGAUAGCCUGAUGCUGUAAUUUUU